GCACACCUUCCCUGAUCCGCUACAAACAGGAAACAUACAAACCAGGCUAGCUUGUAGUCUCUCUAACACUGACCAGAUAAGUGAGAGCACAAAUAAGCUUUUCAUAACUGAAUGCCCAGUCCCUAACAUCCUCGUCCCUUGGUAUUACGCUCUCUCUGUGCCCUUCGCUUCAAUGCAAACAUCCCGCCUUUCCUCCACUAGCUCCCACUUUCCGUCUUUAUGAGCCGCACUUCCGGCUAAUCAGUCAUGUGACUCGGGAUGACGCAUAGGACCUCAACAGUUCCGGCUGCAUUAUAGAAUUCAAUAAUCAAUAUAUCCACUGACUUGGGCGGCACUGCUUGUAGAACAUGGAUUCAAGAUUUAGCAGAGGGAAAUCAUCCAUUUUAGAACGAUCCUUGGCCAGACCAAAGACUGAGGUGAGCCUCAGUGCUUUUGCCCUUCUCUUCUCUGAAAUCGUUCAGUACUGCCAGAAUCGAGUCUAUUCUGUAUCAGAACUGCAAGCUAAGCUGUCUGAGCUGGGCCAGCAAGUCGGAUGCCGCCUCCUUGAUCCCCUGGUCAUGAGAGAGAAGAAUGGCAAGCGAGAGACCAAAGUAAUUAGUGCUUUACUGUUCAUCAAGGUUGUUGCGUGGAAAGCUCUCUUCGGCAAGGAAGCAGACAAACUAGAGCAGGCAAAUGAUGAUGACAAAACAUAUUACAUCAUCGAGAAGGAUCCACUCAUCAAUGCCUACAUCUCUGUGCCGAAAGAGAACAGCACUCUUAAUUGUGCCUCUUUUACAGCUGGCAUUGUGGAGUCCCUACUGACUUGCAGUGGCUUUCCUGCAAAAGUUACUGCCCACUGGCACAAAGGAACCACCCUUAUGAUUAAAUUUGAUGAGUCUGUUAUAGCUCGGGACAAAGCACUGGAUGGACGCUGAGGGGGAUAAAGAACAAGAUAAAAUUUCUAAACAUGUGUUGGUUUCACUUAGUGCUUCAUAAAAACCUUUUUGUUAAAAUACCUACAGGUACUGUAUUUAGGUAACACUGUAUACAGUUUGAAAACUCAAGGGACACAAUGCUGAGCAGCUGUGAAUUUAUAACAUAAUUUAAUGCCUCACAAUUGUGUCCUUGCUGAGUAAAAUAUAUGAAUUCCUGUGCUUUUCAAACUCAAAUGAAAUUCCCUGGAUUUCUUCUUUUUUUUUUCCUCAUUAAAAUUGAGUAAGCAGAGGGUGCUAUAUAAUUAGUUAUUUCAUACCUUACCAGAGCCCUCAUGGUUGCACACAGACAUAUAAAUACAUACAAAAAUACACAAAUAUGCUAAUAAUUAAGACUCCCUGCAGCUCCUGUAUUAAACAAUUUAAAAGGGAUCUUUUGCAAAAAUGAACAAUUAAUAUAAGCUUCAGCAUACUGAAAUAAGAAACUUUGUAAAUACAAUCAAUUAAAAAUUCUGCAUUGUUUCUGAAAUAAUCAAGUUUAUGUUCACUAUCCCUCUCUCAGCAUCUGUUUCUCUUCAUUCACUCUUCAUGCAGGAGUUGGGUGUCAGAUAAAUAUUGACAGUUAGAUCCAAUUUUAUAGGGGGGCUCCUUUUGCCUAGAAUAUGUAUUAGAGCUCACUGUAUUAAAAUGAAAAACAUUGUCUCUCUACAUGCAGGAUUUGUUCAAAAGGCAGUUAUUUUGUUGGAUUUUGUUUGUACUGGAAUUAGUUAUUUGAGUGAGCUCUAAUACAUCUGCUAGGAAAGGAAGCCUCCUCCCCUCUAUAGGAUAUAUUGGAUCUAACUGUCAUUAAAUAUCUGACACCCAACUGCUGCAUGAAGACAGAAUGAAGAGAGACAGAUGCUGAGAGAGGAAUAGUAAAGAUAAAUGUGAUGAGAUGAUGCAGAAUACUUAAUUGAUUGUAUUUACAAAGUUUUUUUUUUUUAUUUCAGUAUGCUGAAGCUUAUAUUAAAUUUUCAUUUUUGCGAUACCUCCCUUUUAAAGGGACAGUAUACACCCUUUUUGAACAUGAGUUAAUAAACGGUUCUUGGGGUAAACACACUUUGAAUUUGAAGCCAGAUUCGCUUAAUCUCUUUCUGUCACUUCCUGCCACAGAGCAAUGAAGGAGCUGAAAAAAUUAAUUAAGUAUACACUUAGAAGCCUUUUAUAAAAAACAAAAACAAAAAACUGCUUAAACGCUGCUGCUUAAGGGAAGAGCGUUUUUUUUGUUUAAAGGUAAAUAAAGAAUUCUGAACAAAUUGCCAUGUUUAUAGUGGAUAAAAAAAUAGCUUUCAAUUUUUUUUAAUAGAAUAGGCAGAAUAAGUUCUAUUUAUUGUGCAAAUAUGAUUUAAGGUGUAUACUGUCCCUUUCUUAUAUUCUAUUAAACAAUAAAACAACAUUUUAUUUAAACUGUAUAAAAACUAUUCAAACUGUAAAACGAUUCAAUAGUUUUAAAACUAUUCGAUUUAAAAAUAAGAUAAAAAGAAAGAAAGAAACUGAACAAAACCUGUAUUUUACUAACGUGUAGACACUUUUUUUCCCCUCUCAAGUUUGUAAGAAAUAUAAUUAAUGUUGUUUGUUAAUUUCUUCCCCCCCUGAUAUGGAAGUGUUAUGUUUCAUGGCACAUAAAGUAACUGGCAUAUGUUAUGAACCAUGAUAAAACAUUUUGAACCCACAUGAAUAAAUUCCCUUUACUGGAAAACAGUGAAAAAA